UUGUCCGAGCUGGUAUAUUGUGUUAUUCCUUGACAGUAUAAGUUUCAUGUUUUUGUAAGAAAAGAACGCAAGGUGUUGGGGUGGCAAAAUGGACCACAUUGCGAGCCAAUACGUAACUUAUGCACGUCAAUUGACCAGGAAUGGCUGCUUUAACAAAGCUUUUGACUUCUACAUCGCGGCCUUUGAUAAAAACCCGCAGUUAAAGGCUCAUUCGGAGUCGGAGUUCCGCAAGGUUCUCAUCCAGCUGAAUGAAGUCAUGGCCAUGAACAAUCGCAUUGAGGAAAUUUUCAACAAUUUUGGUCGAGCUUUGAAGGCGUUUCCUGAAAAUACCCACCUGUUGAACGAUAUUGGGAAAUAUCUCUACAAAUUUGGAUUGUACACUGAAGCCUGGUGUCAUUUCCAGAGAGCCUUGAAACUUGAUUCGGGUUUUGUCAAUCCUGAAAAAAACUUGAAUUCAAUAAAGAAUCUUCUUGUUGAAAGAUGGCACUUUAGGAUGCUUAAUGAUAAAAUCAGGAAUGAGUCAUACCGGCAAGCAAUCCGUGCAUCAGUGAUUCCACGCAAGGAUACAGUACUUGACUUGGGCACUGGAACUGGCCUAUUGGCUCUGUAUGCUGCAGAAUGUUGCCCUACAGCAGUCACUGCUUGUGACGGAUCUGAAGUAAUGUCUAAGCUAGCUGACACUAUCAUUGAAGAAAAUAAUACAAACACACCAGUCUUAGUUGUGAACAAUAUGUCUACUGAUAUGGUCUGGCGGGACAUUGGUGGCAAGCGUUCUUUGCUGGUUACAGAAAUGUUUGAUGCUGGCCUUUUCGGGGAGCAUGUGCUACAGUCCUUGCUACAUGCCAAGCAACAGCUCAUUACAGAUGAAGCCAGAGUUGUGCCUAACAAGGGUGAGUUCUUUGUCAUUGGUGCUAAAAGUGAUCAUUUGAAUCUAAAAUAUCAGCUGUCUUCAAUUGUAAAGAAGACAUUGAAUGUGGCAGGACUGAAUGUUCAUGCAUUGAUUGAGGAUGAAACUUACGAUUGUGAGGAUAUACACCUAAUCAAAGAUUUGGAGUACAUGACCGAACCUCAGUCAGUUGUACAAGUCGAUUUCAGAGACUAUAAUGAUAUGCAGGACAAAUUGAACAGAUCGGAGCCCUUUCACAUUGAAUUGAAAGCACUGAAGAAAGGUGAGGUUAAUGUGCUCAUUGGAUUUUUUAAACUUUAUUUGACAGAGAACAUUACUAUAACUACUGAUCCUCGCUCUGACAACAGAGCAAAUGCUUGGCAGCAGGCCGUGUUCUUUGAUUUCCUCACACAUACUGUGGAAGAGAACCAAGCUAUAAAUUUGAAAAUCUUGAUGAACAGAGGCAAACUGACCUUGGUGCCAAAACCUAACACUCAAAUCUUGCGAGUUUCACCUGAAACUAUAAGAUUUUUAAAUGAUCCUGAGUAUAUAAAAAUGAUAACUCUAUGCCUAGGAAUGGCUUCUGUGUAUGUGGGGCAAAUGACAGAAAUGUCCCAGGUGACUAUGGUGGACUUGUGUCCAUUUCCUAUGUUUGGCUUAUUGAUGCUCAAACGAGGAAUCCAGACACUAACAUGCUGGGCCAAAACUGAAGGUGACAAGAAGUUUUUCAAAAAAGUUUUCAAGGCAAACAAGAUCCCCAUGUCCAAGAUAAAUUUGCUUAUUGGCGAUGAUUGGACUCAAGAUGUUUUCAGGGAUGAAAAGUUCCAUGCAAUUUUUUGCAACAUUUUUGAAUUGUGCGGCGAUAUAGACUUGCGCAUGCGGGAGAUAGCCCAACACUUGAAGCACGCGAAUUUAGUGCAUGGAGGCUUGUUCAUGCCAUCAAACAUCAACAUUGUUGCACAAAUAGUACACAGUUCCUGGCUGGAUAUAAACAAUCGUAUUUAUGACUGUAAUAUAAGCAAUUACAAGGUGGCAAAGCACAUGAACAAAUAUCAGGUCUCCCAAAACUUCUGUAUUGAUUAUUCCUGCUUAGAAUACACGGCAUUGUCAGAACCCACAAUACUUGGCAGAUAUGCCAAUGGUGUUAGAACAGGAGGUGUAUUAGUGCCAAUUAAAAAGGAUGGGGAAGCAAACGCAAUUCUCUGCUCAUACAACAUAGAGAUCAUGGAAGGCCUUGGAGAGGUGUGCACAAGCAGGGGCAACAGUUUUAUAGAUGGUGCAGUGUUUCUGACAAGCCAGCAUAUACGCAUGACCCAUGGCCAUCUAGUCCAAGUAUCCCGGUGCAUUGAUUCAGAUGGAGCAUUCAAGUUGAUGAUUGAUACUAGUUAAAUUCAUUAUCACUCUUUUGUCACUAUUUGUGAAGUAAUAAUGAAGUCUUAGACCCAGUUUUAUUUAUGUCGAUGUAUUUAGUACGGCAAGAUGAUUUUGGGUCACUUACGUACACAGACGUAUGUGAAAAUAAUUAGAGCUUAUUUUGACUAGACAAUUGUAAUGUUCACAUUAUGCAACUGUGGCCAAGUAGAUGCCAACUGACUGAAAUGUUGUUGAUGACGGAAAAUCGAGAAGUGCUAAACGAUAAGAGAAAUGAGAUCUUUGUAUUUUUGUACACAGAGAAAACAUGCUAUGGUCUCUAUUUUCGGAACAAAUAAAUUGAAAACCCUUAUCGAGACUGAGAAUAUCUCAAGACUUGGGAAGGUGUGGUUUAUGUGAACAAUUUUCAGAUAAAUCAUUCUACUGAUAAAUUUCUGUAUACAGUCACAUUCUUUUUCCAUGUGAGAAAAGGAUUACCUUAAUUACUAGUGUUAAUUAAUCGGAAUUCACAUUUACAAUUAAUUCAAUUUAUGACAACUAGUAGUUGAACUUGAUGUGAAAAUUAAAUAUACUAUAGCCAAUCACAGUACAUAA